CGAGAUGUUAUAGAAGGAUGAAGGAUUCCCAAAAUCUUACACUCCUUACCCAUCCUUGAAUUCUAGCGCGCCUUUAGAAACCAUGAAGUUCUUCCAGGCUCUUGUCACUAGCGUUGUGGGGGCUCAGGUUGCCUUGGCUGCCGUUUCUGAGACUCCCGCGCUGGUCAAGGAAAGCGUCGUCUCAGACAUCCUUAAAGGCAUUGAAAAUGCAGCGACUUGCGCCGCAUGCCAGUCAGUUUUAAUUGCCCUGAAGGGUCUUGCACACUUGGGCAAUACACCUUUCGUAAACGUUCUUACAGACAUUUGCAAGCUUGCCAAGGUUGAGGAUCAUGAUGUCUGCGAGGGCCUCAUUGCUGCAGAGGGACCAGUCAUUGCACAUGACAUCAGAGGGAUUAAAAUAGGGUCGGCUACCUCCAAGACCCUUUGUGCCUCCCUCAUCGGGCUUUGCCCAUUCCCGGCGGUGACGCCGUACGCCAUACCUUUCCCAAAGCCAAAGCCAGCCACCAAGCGCCCGGUUGCUAGAGGGCAGGCGCCGAUUCAAGUUGUCCACAUUAGUGAUACUCACGUUGAUCUCUCCUAUGAGGUUGGUGCCAGUUACAACUGCACGAAGCCAAUCUGUUGCCGCUCAUACACGCCCAAUGAUGCGCCAGGACACAACUCUUAUCCUGCUGGCGAAUUUGGUAAUCCCCUCUGCGAUCCUCCCGUCACCCUCCAGGAAAGCAUGGUUCAGGCCAUUAAGACCAUCGCACCCGAUGCUGCAUUCACAGUCUUCACUGGCGAUGUAGUUGCACACGAUCUCUGGUCAGUUGACAAGGCCGAGGUUCUUACUGACUUCAACUCGACCUACUCUAUCCUCUCAAACCUCGACCUUGUUUACCCGGUGAUUGGCAACCACGACGUGGUGCCAGUUAACUGCAUUCCUCCAACCACCAUAUAUACCACCUUGGGUGUCCAAUGGGCAUAUGAUUCCCUUGCAAGUUCCUGGAAUGACUGGAUUAGCACCUCGGGGAAAGUUAAUACCGCUAACGAGUAUGGCGCCUACUCUGUGAAAUAUCCCGGAGGGAAGCUCCGCGUCAUUUCGCUGAACUCCGUGUUCUACUAUACCCUCAACUUCUGGCUGUAUGAGGAACCCAUGCAGAACGACCCCAACGGUCAGUUCACCUGGCUUGUCAAUGAACUCCAAAGCGCCGAGGAUGCCGGAGACAACGUCUACAUCAUCUCCCACAUUCCUUCCGGAUCCUCCGAUUUCUUCCACAGCUUCUCCAACACCUUCAACCAAAUCGUCAACCGCUACGAUGCCACCAUCGCUGCCAUGUUCUACGGACACACCCACGUCGACGAGUUUGAGAUCUCAUACUCUGAUUACGCCAAUCGAAACGCUGACACUGCUGUUGCCAUGUCGUACAUUGCCCCUUCCAUAACCCCCACGUCCGGCUCUCCCACAUUCCGUGUUUACACCGUUGAUCCAGUGACCUACGGUGUUCUCGACUUCAUCGACUACACCACCGACAUCACAGCCGACAAGCUCUCCUGGACUAAGUACUACUCCGCCAAGGAGGCUUACGGUCCCCUACUCACCCCUCCCGUCACCGAUGCUGCCGCCGAGCUUACCCCUGCCUUCUGGCAUGACGUCACUUCCCUCUUCGAAACGAACGAGGCAGCCUUCAAGGAUUUCUUCGCACGCAAGAGCCGUGGCUUCAAUGUUAAGGCUUGUGACGCUGCAUGCAGAGCCGAGCAGAUCUGCAUGGCCCGGGCUGCAGAGUCGCAGUACAACUGCGAUAUACUGAAGCCUAGGUUAAAAAUAUCUAAGCGUGAGGAGGAGAGUCAUGCCCACCGUGACGAGUGUGAGGGGGGAAUACUGAGAGAUGUCUUCGGUCAGAUCGGUCAGAACCAUGAGACGUUCAUCAAGUAUAUUGAUUCUGAGGUUGCCGAUUUUAAGAAGGCCAACGCUGUUUAAUUGUUCUCUUCGAUUUUGGAUCGAUUAUGGCUUUGACUUUGUAUAUCUGAAAUUUGCCAUGUUCGUUCUAUUUAAGGUGGCAGUUAAGGAUAGAUGAGAGAUGAUACGUUUAUAAUGUAUAACGUACAUGUCUAGCGAAUGUGCCAAACAAGCGAAUGUGCCAAUCCAUUUUACACCUUAAAUCACAGAUUUUGUAAGUUGGUAUCUCAACAACCCUUUAAUAAUAAAUUAUAGGGCAAAAGAACCAUAUACCAUGCACGACCCCUGUAAAGAACUAUAUACCAUGCUGUUACUAUUUCGAGAAUCUGAGUAAGAGAUCUCUACUGAGCCGGCAACGAUGAUCUCAGAUCGUGACAAAGGCUUACAAGAAGCAGAAGCUGUGCUAGGAGGUUUACUAGCAGUGGCUUGGUGCUGCCAUCACCUCCAUGAGAACUUUACUGAAAAGUUUGGCAGAGGGCUAACGCCGCUGUUCUGGCAGGUUGCUCGAAGUAGCAACCGCGUUGCAUAUGAUGCUGCGCUAGCAGAGUUAUGUAAGCAGAAGGCUGAAGCAGCAGAAUACUUGCUUGCUGCUGAGCCUGAGAAGUGGGUACACGUUUUGUUCCAAGGCCGACGGUACGGCCACGACACUAGUAACGUUGUCGAGAGCGUUAAUCAAGUUCUCAAAAUCGACAGAGAAUUGCCAGUAGUUGAGCUGCUUGACAGUCUCUGGCAUCAGGUAAUGGAAAAGCGCUUUGAGCGCAAGGCAUUAGCGCAUAUAGUCAUUGCUGCAGGCCGACAUAUGACGCCUUGGGUAGAUAAGAAGGUUGAGGAGGCGAGAGCCUAUGCUCAGAGCAAUCGAGUCCAGAUCUCAUCACCUGUUGAAGGACGAGUGGUGCAGCCUGACGGACAUAUCCACAUCGUUAACCUCGACGAUAAGACGUGUUCCUGCCUCAUAUUCCAAGAGAAUGGCAUACCCUGCGGUCAUGCCAUGACCCUAAUCCUCGCCACUGGGGCGCAGGUUACCCCUUACCUCCCUGAAGACCUUUCUGCUGUUAUAUGGGCACAGAUGUAUGAAGACACUCUGCCGCUGGUUAGCAUUAACGACAUUGACACAGAUGCUGAAGCACUCAGUCUUUUGUGCGACCCGCUUGUCACUCGAGUCCCUCGUGGACGACCUAAAAAAGAGCGGGUUCGCCGACAAGACGCCCGGAAUCUCCCUCGUGGACGACCUAAAAAACAGCGGGUUCGCCGACAAGACGCCCGGAAUC